GAAUAUGUGAGUCCACGCGCUCCCAAAGGAGGGUGGCGCGACCGCUGUCCUACGUGUUCUGUUCAUCAUUUUCCUCAAAUCCCGCUCAGAUAGCCAGCACAGACGAAGAAUAGAAAGUAGAAAUUACACGCAGCCGGGCUCACGAAGUAUCCACGCCAUGAGCCUGUGGGUCCCGCAAUCUUUGCCUCGAAGUGUACGUGCACCGGGUGCAUUUAUGUUUUCACAUGAACAUCACGGACGCCGCCGCCGCCGCUGCUUCGUGCUCAGAGCCUCCGACAGAAUCUUCUUCGACCCCAUUUACCCAAAAGAUAUAAUGAAAAGAAAAGAAGUGAACGGAAUCCUCUCUUCUCACCCUCUGCCUCUAUAAAAUGCUCUGACCCUACUCUUCAAUCUUCAUCUUCUUCACGCUCUAUUACCAUCACUUCCUCUCCGGAUCGAAACUCUGCUUCAAUGGCGGGCAAGGAGCUAGACGGCUUCCACUUCGAGCAGAUGCACGGGAAGGAUCGGGUGAGGGUGGCUAGGGUUUGGAGGGCCAGGGAUGGCCGCCACUUCAUGGUGGAGUGGAACGUCAGCAUCAGCCUCUUCUCCGAUUGCAUCGCUGCUUAUGUCCGCGACGACAACUCCGACAUCGUCGCCACCGACACCAUGAAGAACACCGUUUAUGCCAAGGCCAAGGAAUGCACUGAGCAGCUCUCGGUGGAGGAUUUCGCGAUUCUGCUCGCGAAGCACUUCACAUCUUUCUAUAGUCAGGUGAGUGGUGCAAUAGUGAAAAUCGUGGAGAAGCCCUGGGAGCGUGUAUAUAUUGAUGGCCAACCGCAUGAACACGGAUUUAAGCUUGGAUCUGAGAAGCAUACAGUAGAAGUGUUUGUGAAGAAGUCGGGGGCUGUGAAAUUGGUUUCGGGUAUAGAAGAGUUGUCUGUGCUGAAGACCACCAAGUCAGGUUUUGAAGGUUUCAUCAGGGACAAGUACACUGCUCUUCCUGAAACACGAGAAAGAAUACUGGCAACUGAGGUCACUGCAUCUUGGAGGUACACCUACGAUAACCUAUCUAGGAUCCCUCAGAAGCCACUUUACUUCACAGAGAGAUAUGUGGACGUGAAAAAGGUAUUGAUGGACACCUUUUUUGGUCCACCGAAAGAGGGAGUGUACAGCCCAUCGGUGCAGAGCACUCUCUUUCACAUGGAAAGGGCAGUUCUUAGCAAGUUUCCUGACAUAUCGGCUGUGCAGCUAAAGAUGCCAAAUCUCCAUUUCUUGCCCGUAAACAUAUCUAGCAAGGACAAUCCUGCCAUUGUUAAGUUUAACGAUGAUGUGUUCCUACCAACAGACGAUCCACAUGGAUCCAUUCAAGCCAGCUUGAGCCAUUUCUGGUCAAGAAUGUAAAAAGCCAAUAGCACAGUGGCAGAUCUGCUGUUAAUUACAUCUCCUAUCUGCUUUUUGUAUCUGCUGGUCUGUGCAUCGCUAUCCUUAAAUAAUUGUUCGAUAGCCUUGUGUUCCAGUCUUGAACUGUACAAAUAUAUUUAAUAAAGUGGCCGUUUGCUUGAUGAGCAAUAGCUGCCCCAGCAAGUCUCUAAGAUGUAUUCUCCUCGUUUGGUGCAAAAUAGGAUCUUGGGUUAA